CAGCCGUGUGAACAGCGGGCAGUACUGUGAACAUGUGUGUUUUCCCACCAGAAGCAGCGGUUCUGUUGGUUCUGCUCUGUGUCACCAGAACACACCGACGGGUCAGUCUGACAGUCACCAUCUUUCUUUGCUUUUGUUUGUUUUAGCAGCUGAAGGCGUGAGAGAAUAUUUAAAUACCAGCAGGUUGCUGCCAAAGCUCUGACACCACAUUAGUGUUGUUGUUGUCUUGAUUUAUUAAUCUGUAAGUAGGCGGAGCACAGAUCGGCAUUGUGGGUAAUUCUGUGAAGUCUGAGCUGGAGGCCGGAGCAGCUGAGUGAAAUACGACUUCUUCUUCUUUAAGACGUUUUUCUUUCUGUUCUCAUCGUGUUCGUGUGAAUUCCUCCAAGUUGUUUCCUCAGAGAGCUUUUUAUAAACCGUGAAACCAGACAGAUUCCUCACGAGCGUGUCGAUGAGCUGAAACAGUUGUUUGGCAUCAAACCAACACGUUUCAGCAUCGAGGGCCAGAGGACUGUUUAGAACUGAUCCCAGCUCAGAUCUGAUGCGUAGAAAGACCAACAUGUUGGAAACCACCGACGUUAACGAGCACAACGUGUUCAGCUGCUUUGUUCUUAUUCCGAAUACAACAAUAUUCCCAUUAAUCUGUUUACAUUGCUAAUAAAUAUGUAUAUUUUAUGUGAUUAUACGUCUAAAGAAUGCUCCUAAACUGUGUGCAGAGGGAGCAGGAGAACGCGAUGACGCGUCUCAAGAAGCAGCAGGCGGAGCUGGAGGCUAUGAGGCUGCGUUACCUAGCAACGGAGCAGAAGGAGGAGGUCCACCAGGAGAGACGGGAGCUCGACGACAUCAGGAACCAGCUCAACAGACUAAAACAACAGGACGACGACAGGUUAGGCCCCGCCUCCUCCCAGAGUGGCCCCGCCCCCGCCCAGAGCCUGAACGAGGGCGCCGAGGAACACCUGAGCCGCCUGCUGGAGGAGAGAGACACUCUGCUGAGGACCGGCGUCUACACCCACGAGGACCGCAUCAUCGCCGAGCUCAGCAGACAGAUCCAGGACGCCAUGAGGGGCCGAGGGAGCCUCUGACCUCAGGUUUUAAGUCAUAACUUAUUAUUGUUACACGAGCGUCACUCACCGCUCAGGACAACAGGGUUUACUGCCGUGGAGAUGUAGUCUUUAAAGGCUGAACAACAGCUCAUAUGCAUUCAGCAGAAUAUUCAGUUCUAUAAAAACAUGCCGAGAGUUUCUCUUUAUUCAGUCAGUGUUGACUUCUGGAGUUCAUAACAUCUGGAAUCAAUUCAACAAGCAGUAUAACACUAAUAAUACUGUUUAACAGCUCAUCUCCACCGGCUCUUCUCUCCUCUCACAGGCUGACCAGAGGUUCAGUCAGAGUCGGCUGAUGCAGCCACGGACCUGAUCCAGUCCAGCGAUGAACAACCCCCCCCCCCCCCCAGAGACACCCACACCACUACCAACCAGCACACCACACCCCCACCCCAACCAGUGUAAAUGAGGCUUCUGUUUGGAAUCCUUCCUCAUUAUGUCACUGAGUGUGAAGAAAUAAACUGUUCAGUUAUUAUAGAUGGUGAGUUUGUGGACAGUCUGUAAGUAUGAACAUUAGUUCUGGUGAGAUGAUGAGCUGUGUA